UAGGCCAAAAUAGUUGUUGGUUCGCAUGCAAAACGUCAAAAUCGCAUUAGCUAAAACAUUUUUAUACCAACGGCGCGUUUUUAAUUUGUUCUACACUUUAAGAAUAUAUAGAGAAAAAGCAAAACAAAAAGACAAAAAACCAAAAAGCUAAUACAACUUUUCGCCCAAUAUUUGUUGUUUUCUAAAUCACAAAUACCUAUAGAUAUAUAUAAACAUAUAUAUUUGUAUAUGUAUAUAACUAAAUCAACGCGUGUAUAUAACAUACAAAAUCUCAAAAAUUUUCAAAUAAUAAAAAAAGGUAGAAGUUAAAUACCUGUAAUCCAAAAUGCAUGUCAAGCCGUCCUCUAUACAAAGAAAAUAUUAUAAAAUAUGUAACUAACUCUAAAAGGAAAACUUAAUUAAUAAUAAUACACAUUACAUUAAAUGCUUCUCGCUAAACGAGUGGAAAUUUGGAAGAUGGUCGCUCUGUCGUUGGCUCACCUUCUGCUCGCGCGUGUCAAAUAAAACAAAGGAGAAAAAGAAAAGAAAAUAUAAAAAUAAUAUAUGAAAAGCAAGCGAUAAACCACACACAUACCGAACGAAGAAAAAUUAAAUAUAAAAAAAACUAUAAUAAAAAAGUUGAAAAGUAUUACCGCGAAUUAUAAUAACAUCAUCAGUAACAGCAACAACAACAGCAGCAGCAGCAACAACCGCAACAGAGACAACAAUAACUAAUGCAUAGGCAAGAACAGUAAAAGCAAAGUGGACGCCGGAUAUAGAAAUGCUCAUCCUAUAGUUAAUAUGUGCGUAUACAAAUACAUAUACUUACACAUAUGUACUACACACAAUCGUAUGCACAGAUGUGUAGCAUACAGAUCCGUGGAUUAGACAGGCGUUGCCGCCUUUUGCCGUUGCCAACAAGAAUCAACAUCAACAUCAACAUCAACAUCAACAUAAACAUCUAGAGAAUUCGGCAUACGCACUGUGGGACACGACACAAACAAAUGCAUUACUUGAUUAAGAGAUUUAUGAUUUUGUAUCCCCAUCAUCACCACCACAACCACAACAACAACAACAACAACAACAACAACAACAACAACUACUACUACAAAAACAACUGUAAGAACAAGAAUAAGCACCAACAAGAACACCAGAAUAUCAACUGCGGCAAGUGUGACGAUGGCUGCCAUAAAUACGGUACCCAAAAGUAUACACCUGCCUUUGACGAGUCUUAGCGCGCCGCGCGUGUUGAUGUGCAGUGCGUCUGUUGGCACUGAGAGUUCUGUGACUCUGCAAUUGAGAGAUGGCAACGCGCGUGCUAGUGUGAGUACAAAUGUGGAUGCCUUGGAGCUAGCGAGCAGUAGACCAGAGGCGACACCAACAGCAACAGCAACAGAAACAGCAGCAACAACAAACCCAACGAAAACAAAGACAAGUGCAACAGUAGCAACACCGUCAUCGUCGAGCGUCACAGUACUUGAGGCGUCAUCAGCUUCAGCGUCUGUAUUAGAAAAUGCAUUGACCAUUGGCUAUCCGGAUCCGGACAUGUUAGCAGAUGUUUUGGGCACCAUACAGACAGCCUCUCUCAAAAAUAAACUUGGUAACAGCAACAACAGCAACAACAGCAACAACAACAACAACAACGACAGCUGCAAAAAAAGUAGCAACAAAAAUACCGCCAACAGGAAUAGUGCACCGACAAUUUUAAAUACAAACUCUGGCGCCUAUUUGAAUAAUCCAAAUAAGAUAACCAUUACGCGACGGAGUUCGAGCAACAAGAUCAACGUGCAGACUGUGAGCGCUGCAACAAACACAACCAUCAGCAGUAUAAGCGGCAGUAAGACCAACUACAUUAAGAACUGUCUUAUACGCAGCAGCAGCUGUAGCAACACUGCCACCAAUGUCACGACGCUGGCGCAGAUUAUGAGCAACAGCAGCACAAGCAGCGCAGCCAGUUUACUUAGUCAACAUAACAAUAAUAGCAAUUGUAGCAACAGCAGUAACUUUAGCAACGCCUCCUCAGUGGGCAGCAGCAUAAGCGUUGGCAGUGUCAGUAGCAGCACUUCCACCAACAGCAACAGCAAUAGUAAUAGCAACGACAGCAGCAGUGGACACAGCGGACACAGUUCGAGUUUCAAGAGCAACAGUCGAAAUGUUCCUGGCAUAGUCACAGCUGCAGCAUCCACGAACACUACAGCAACUGGCAUUGGCAUUGUAACAGUCGACACUGCGCCUCGAAAGAGCCGCCCCAAACUAUCUUCGCCGACAAGACACGGACCGCAGCAGUGCCAGAUUUGUAGCAAGAUCUUUGGAAAUGCCUCGGCACUGGCUAAGCAUAAACUGACGCACAGCGACGAGAGGAAAUAUAUUUGUUCGCUCUGCUCGAAGGCAUUCAAGCGGCAAGAUCACUUAAACGGACACAUGAUGACACAUCGCAACAAGAAGCCUUACGAAUGUAAGGCGGAUGGCUGUGGCAAAUCGUAUUGCGAUGCACGCUCUCUGCGGCGCCAUUCGGAAAAUCAUCACGGAGGCGUCACAGCGCAAGCCAACAACACGCUUUCAGCAACAUCAGCAGGCGCAAUUUGCAGUGGUCAGAUGAGUGGCCAAAUUAGUAGCAGCAGUGGCAGCAGCAGCAGUUGCAGCAGCACUGCCAGCAGCAACGGCAAUGCGGUCACCAGCUCUUUAAGUCUCUCCCCGGCAACGGCUAGCGGGGAUGCCAGCUCACCGGAUGGGGCCACGUGCAUACGCACUUAUAUCUCUACUGGCAGCACUGUGGUGGAUGCGGCCACAGGAAUAGCGUUGUCCGAUGAGCAAAUCAAGGCCAUGAAUCUGCCAAUUAAAACUGGAGUUACAUUGCUUUCGCCAACAACAUCAGUGUCCUCCAAUGUAUCUUCCACCGCAUCUUCGUCCGGUUGCUCAUCGGCCGGCAGCAACAACAAUGUCAGUGUCAACAUCAGCGGCAGCGGUAGUGUUAGCGCCAGCGUCAGCGGGAAAACUAGCAGCAACACAACAACAGUCGCGGCCAGUUCACCUACCAUUAUGCUCAGCGAUGGCACCAUGCUUGAGGGAGAGGGACUUACACGGGAGCAGCUCGAUCUAAUUAGCAAAAUCAUGCAGCAGACAAAGCAAACCAGCGCCCAAGUCACAGUCUCGUCUCCUACCAGUGUCAGCUCCUACAAGAUUAAUACAGAGACCACCCCGAUACAGACUCGACCACGGACAUGGAACAUGCAAUUGCUCAACAAUGCCCAGAACGUGACAGUCACGGUUGAGGAUGGCACCGAUCUAAUUACCACUGCCGGUAGCUCCAGCGCUAGCUCCGGGUCUCCUGAGGACGUCAAGGAGGACGAUCUAAACCAACAGAUUGUGGCUGCCAUUAAUCCGCACCUGCUAAACAUUGUGAAGAUUGACAAGCCAGUUGAAUGCAAUCUAUGUCAUCGCAAGUUCAAGAACAUACCCGCUCUCAACGGGCACAUGCGGUUGCAUGGCGGCUACUUUAAGAAGGAUCCGGAAACAAAGCGUAGUGAGAAGAAAGAUGUCAGUGGACCACCAUUACAGACAGCCAGCAUUGGGGUGCGUGCUCUCAUUGAGGAGAAAAUCAUCAGCAAGCGGAAGGAUAUUUCUAAGGGCUCCUUCGUAGUACCUGCCCCACCCAGCAGCUCAAGCAACUGCGGUGGAGGUGGUGGUCUUGGUAUUGUUGGUGGCGCUGGCAGUGUUUGUGGAGUGGCUAUUACCGGCGCAAGCAGUCAGAGCAACAGUUGUCUAAGGCGGUCUGUCAGCGACGUGGAAAGCUUCCUAAAUGCGAAGAGUAGUACAAACAGCAUCAAUAAUGCAAAUUCGAGCACAACGACAGCGGUGCUGCCGGCAGCCACCACAAUUAAGAGCAGCAAUGGAUUAAGUAUCCAGCAAAUUGAUUUGCCUCAGAGCAUUGAGAUCUUCAGCGGGGGCCAAAGGCAGCCGAAGACUCUCAGCUUGGGCAGCGGUGCCAAUACCAUUACCAUAACCACCAACAAUGUGCCUACCACGACCACAAUGAGCGCUCUGACGGCUCUGAAGGGCGGCAGUAAUCUAAGUGGCGGCGUUUCUAACCACGCGGAUCCCAAGGACUCGACGCUAAUUGAGUUGCUCAAGCGGGGCACUCGUAUUGCAGUGACCUCCAAGAAGACUCAGUUUCAGUCACAAACCAGUACAAAUAUGCUCCUUAGCAAUGUGGCCGGCACGGAGUUGACAACCAUUGGUAGUACUGUUCAAACCGGUCGUCAGAUUAUUACUAACAAAAAUCGUACAGUGAUCAUACCUUCGGAUGUGCACGUUGUAUCCACAAAGAGUAAGGUGACUGCGAGCAGCUCCAGUAGUGGCGCCAGUAACUCUACCAACGUCAUCAACAGCAGCAGUAAUGCGUGCUCCACAAGUAGCAUCUCCUUCUCGGACGGCAUGCCGCUCUCCCUGUCGAUAGCACCGAACCAAGAUAGCAUUACAUCUCUGGGCGAUUCGAGCAGCAUCACAAGCAGGGGAGGCGGUGUCUAUACGGUGACAUAUACCAGCGAUGCGGAUGCAUCGGAUCUAUUCGAUGAUGGCGAGGUGUACAAUGUUUCGGAUACGGAGAUGUUACUGCAAACUGUGGACACCAUGGAAAUACUGAAUGAGGAUGAGGACGAUCCACAAACAAACACAAACGAACAUUCCGAUAACUUUGCUCUGCUGAGUGAGACUACCGACGCCGAUCACGCAGGGCAUGCCCACCAGCUGGUGAAGUUGGAGCCAGAGACUGGUCAGAGCACACAAGUGAAGCUCACCACUCCGCUGCCAACUUUCCAGCAAUUCCAUUCCAAAGAGCUGAUCAUGCAGAACAGCUCACAAAUCCAAGCUAUUGCCAACAUGCGGGGCAAUAGUGGCACUCUCGGAGUGCUUGCGUCACCCCUGCAUUCACCCCUUGCCUAUCCGACGCCGCCAUCUAGCCAUGAAAAUGUAGCACAAUCCUCUCCAUUCAUCGAGGAUGCCGCAGCCCAGUUUGUGGACGCCACACACAGCUUCUUUGGGGAUAAGACAGAUUUCUCCCAUGUGUAUUUCAAAACAGACGAGAACCAGUCCCUGCAUCAUGCCGAGCUGAGUGACAACGAUAAUGAGAAAAUACUUAAAUUAAAAUCUGUUCUGGAAGAGAGCAGCUUCGAUCCGUCUAUCAAGGUGGAAGAUCUUUUAAAUAACACUGAGGACGAUGCCGAAUGCGAUUUGCACGAGUUUUCCGAGACAAAUCUCUCGUUUCUCGACGAGGACCAGGAGUUCCUCAACGAUUCGCGUAAUGCCACUUCCCCGUUAUCCGAGUCAUUUUUCACCAGCGGCAUUGGUUCUGCAGAGGAUGUUAAGCAAGUGCUUCGGGAGGUGCUUCCCGAUGAGAAUAUGCAGUUGCAUUUGAGCAGCGAGCAGCAGGGAGAGAAUAUCAUUGAUCUCUACUAUUUGCCAGGCUUGGGGCUGCAAUCGCAAAUGAUGCCCAACUCCGAUGAUCCUUUGCUCUCAUCCUCGCCGCGUGAAUUCGGCCAACAGCGACAGAUGGCGUUUCAAGGUUCAUCGUCCACAACAGUUACUGUGCAAGCUGCAGAGCCAUUGCAAGCAACAACUAUGCUUUACGAGCAAACGCCGUCUGAUCAUCAGCAACAACGCCAGCAGCAAGAGCAACAGCGACAAGAUCAACAGAUGGAACAGAUUUUGCCACAACAGGCUGUCAUUCAAUCGGAUCAGAUGCAGUCGCAGCAGCAGCCGCAGCAACAGCAACAGCAGUCAGAAUUUGUGCUACCCGCUUUCAAUCAGGUGGCGUGCCACACAACCUAUUUAGAUGCUAGUCAGCCGACAAUACCAAUGACGUUGCAGCCAUUGAAUAGCUUGUUGCAGCCAUUGAUUUAUAGUAACAUUUCAGGAGAAAAGCAAGAAUUUAAUAUGCCGCUCAAUAGCCGGACAGGGGGACAUGAAACAGUCCUCGAUGCAAGUCUUCUUUUCGGCUGCGUGGAUAGCGAUUGUAAUAAGCCUGUUAAUGCCACAGACACAGCCACAAGCUUACCUGCAGUUGUUCCUAGUUCAGUGAGUGCAGUCUCAGCUGCUGGAAACAUCUCUAAUCUGCAGCCAUUGUCAAAUCAAACAAACUCGAUACUGAAAAGACGACUACGCUCCAAUGGAGCCCAAUAUAUGCACAAACUGUCGAAAUUUCAUACACUCUCGCCGCAUCGCUCGAAGUUACGCAAACCCUCUCGCACUCAUUAUACUCCGGCCCCCAUACUAAAUCCUGAUCGCAAAGGCACCGGACUCUACUGCAAUGUACGCAAGCAACUCGGUCAGGGAAUAUUUGAUAAUUUCGAUGAUGACUUUGGUGAUCCAGUGGGCUUGGUCGAUUUCUCGGACGAGUCCAAGGUAAAUCUUGGCUCGACGUACCAAGCACAGAUACCUGCUUGGAAACCACCUGAAGAGUUUAUGAAGGAGCCAUCAACGAGCUGCGGAGCGGACUUGAUGUGGGAUCCCAACGUACAACUUGACGAUAAGAUACUUAUGCGCUAUAUUGACCUGAGCAAAUCAUCGGCAGUCCCUAUGGGCAGUCAUUCGGAGGAAAUGGCUCUGCAAACACUGCUCGAUGCCAAAGGCAACUCUGCGGCGGCAGUUCUAACCCUGCUUCAAAUGCAGUCCAGUGCAUUUCAAAUGAAAUGGACUGCCUUCGAGCUGGAGCAAUUUCUCCGUGGUCUUGAGAAGCAUGGCAAAGAUUUUGCUAAAAUCACCAGUGAGUUAUGCACUAAGACGUCGGGUGAGUGUGUACAAAUGUAUUAUUUCUGGAAGAAACUUUGUGUGGACUACAAGGUAUCGCACCUGAAAAUGGAGCCAGUCGUAACUAGCAAUCAUGCUGUGGAACAGAAACCCUACGUCUGUGAGAUUGCCGCCUGCUCUGCGAGCUUUAGCUCGAAAGCGGCUCUGCAUGGCCACGUCCGAAUACACGCUUAUGGUAGAAAUGCCAGCCACAGCAACAACCACAACAACAGUAACAAUCAGCAUGCAACGGCAAUUAAUGCCAACAAUAACAACAAUAACGGCAAUAGCAACAACAAUCAUAGUACAAGCAACAGCAACAGUAUACACAGCAGUAAUCCAUGCACCACCCAGACCAGCAGUAUUAAUGCAAUAACAACGACAGCGAUAACAAACACCAAUAAUGGCAUGGCCGUCGUAAGCAACAAUAGUAACAACAACAAUUCCUUGUUAGCUGGCAGCUCAUCCCUAAAUUCUACGCUUUUGCUAACGGCAGCACCAAAAACAUUGCCAGCAACGAAAGAUUGCAGCAACAGCAACAGCAACAACAGCAGCAACGGCAACGGCACCUCGAAUAUUGCCAAGGAUAGCGAAUUCCCCUGCAAGGUGUGCGGCAAGGUCUUCAAUAAGGUUAAGAGUCGCAGCGCCCAUAUGAAAACUCACCGAGUGCAGGAAGCGGAACACUCAACCCAUUCGAAACAGCAAUCGCCCUCCAAUGGAAAUCUUCCUGCGAUUAUCGCUGUCUCUGCGGCAUCCUCAUCAGUAUUGGUAAUGGCCUCAACAUCAUCAUAGACACGGAGCAACCGGGCCAAAACAUUGAUUGACAAUCGCAUUACCCCUUUUAGGAUUUAAUAUAAACCUUUAAAGUCUAAAUAAAAUCUUUAGUUCAGAAAUUAAUAAUCGAACUUAAUAAUCCAAUAUGUAUAAUAAGCUCGAGUUCAUUAUGUAUGACAUUUAGCCAUUAGUAGAAAUUUUAUGAAACAUAUUUUGCAUAUGUUUUUAAACACAUUCUCCUAUCUGUCUUACUAUAUACAUAGCUAUUUGGAUAUCAGACGUAUCUAAUUAUCGACCCAACUCUAGUCUUUAACUUGAACAUUUAUUGUAGAACACUUUGAAGACAAGUUCAAAAUGGAUUGUUACUAACUUUUGUAGAUAAAUGCAAUAUUUGUGUUAAAUAUAUAAGAAUGUACCUACCAUAUUUUUAUAGUAGGCGUUUUCUUUUGACUCUCGACUCGACGGCUGUAGUUUUAACUCGAAUCCCAGUUAAGUACACAAUAGUAUAAAAUAAUUUAAUAUCACGUAUGAACUGUUAAUUACACGUUUUCAACACACACAUCGUGCAGAUACUUUACUAUUAGUAGUGAAAUACAUGUUUAGCAAGUAAGAUUGAUCUGGUCAUAUAAAUUUAUGCACUAUGUGGACAUCAAGUAAGCUCAAACAUAUGUCUGUUACUAUAUAUGAUCGUAAAAGUACUGUUGAGAUGCGAUAUGCCAAAUAUGAUUGUUGUUUUAGGUUUUAAGUUCCAAAGUCAACAAUUUCAUGCAGUUGAAAUUUAAAUUUUAUUAUACUUACACAUCUUAAACUAUUCUAAUACCAAAUAUUGCUAAAUGUAAAGCAAAUAAAAAUUAUAGUGAAAUGAAGUGAUAUUGAGUGAGAUCAAAAACGAUUUUAGCUAAACAAAAGUCAUAACAAACUAAACUAAACGAAACCAAAAACCAAAAAUUGAUAAUUUUAUCUUUUACCGCAAAGUUGUAAAUAUGAACUGUCAUUGCAUACACACUUCUAGAUAAUUAUAUUAAAAAUAUAUAUACAUGUUUAUAUAUACAUACAUGCAGGCCUAUGUACAUACCUUUGUAUAUUAUGUAUAUGUUUGUAUGUACCCAUAUAAAAAAAGUUUAUUUUAAUAUUUCUCAAAAUGCACAAAAGACAUUACUCUAUUGGUAAAUCUAAACACACACACACACUCACACGCACAUACUAAUGCAUUUGAAACAUAAUUAUGAAUGUACAUCAUAUAUGACAAACUUAUGUAUUCAUUACACUCACACACGUACAGAGCAUUUGAAUAUACAUACAAGGCACAGAAAAAUGAUUUACAAACCUACAUACAUAACUCUACACAUGUAGUUGUUCAUCCGUACUACAGUUAAUCUGCCUGAAGAAUAACAACAACAAGAAUCACGCGUUUUCCAUUUGGACAGUGAGCUAAUGUACUACAACAAAUAGAUCAAUUGAUUGUAGGUAAAAAAAAAAUUUAUGAGGCGGCCAGUGUUAGACUAUGACGUAAUAAUAGUAUAAUGUAUUGUAAUUAAAACUAGCAUAUAGACUUAGGCCAAACUCUCUUAGAAAAACUCAUAGCUAGUCCCCACUCUUGCAGAAAAUGCAUUAAGGAGCAAAGAAACUUUUAGCAAUUCUCAAGGUUGUAAUUUGCUUAUUACUCUUAAGUACAUGUACUAUACUAAAUAGCUUUCAUAGACAAUGUACAUAUUGAAUACUAGCUACAGAAACCAGUCCUGAUCUUUAAAUACUCGGCUGAUUGCAGGUGUGACAACUGCAAGAUGAUUCUGUUAUGUUGCAACUGCCUACUCACUUUCUGUCAUUUGCUUCAUUGUAUUCAUUGGCUUAUUCGUAUUGAACGUAUACUGCGUUUAACCUUAACAUACAUAGAAACGAUACUCAUAAACCUUAGUUGAAUUUUACGCAUAUUUGUUUUGGUACUUAAGAGUGCAUUAAUAUACUAUAUAUUAUAAAUGUGACGGAAUACUUAUUUAACUAAGUGAAAUCAGCUACAAAACCCACCACUGAAAACAAUUUGCCUGAAACAUUAUUGCCGUGGGCUUAAAAAGCUGCCUACAAACUUUCUAAUAGCAGUUAUAAAAAUAAUUAUUUUGUAUGAUAUAUACAAUGUUAAUAUUUUUCCUCUGAACAUUAAAAGGCAUAUGCAGUACAUAUUUGUAUUUACAUUUACAAUAUAUGUUGAAACUUUUAGAAAAUUUCAGUCCUAAUGAUCAACUUUCGUUGUGUGCAUUUUCUCUACAAAUAUUUAUAAUAUUAGUUACGUUCCAAUCCUUUCUAACAAUGUUGAACUUUGCUUUUAAGUGUCUUCUGUUCGUAUCAUUUAAAUUAAAAUGCCUUCAAGAGUAAGUGUUAAGUAUUACGAUUAAAAUCUUGGAAAAUAAAUCUUUAUUUUAAUUUACGAGAAAUAAAUAUAUAUAAUAAUAAAAGAAUAUUAAUUAACGUCUAUGACACCAUUUUAGCGAUACAAAAGAUUUUUGUUUAACAAAAAGUUACCGAAAGACAAAGAAAAAAUGCAAAAAUUGUAUUGUUGUACUUAUGUAUAUAUAAAUCAAGAAUAUUAUUAUUUAAUACGAUUUUUAUCAUUAUUGUUAUUAUUUUUAAUAUUUAAUAUAAUUUUUAUAAAUAUUGUUAUAAUAAUGUCAUCAAAUUUUUAUCAAUGAGUGGAUUAAAUUUCUCUUUUGUUAUUUCCGUGUGUGUAUUUUUAUUUCGAUCUAACUCGAAACGCAAACAAAGUAGAUAUGACAAUCUGUGAAUUGAUUUUGUGGCAUAUACUCACUUACGUAUUUCACAUUUCAAUAAUAUUUGUGUACCCUUUGAGGUAGAAAACAACUUUAUUCAGCGGCGCUGGAACUUUAUUCAAAUACUCUGCGUUGUGAUUGUUCAUUAAGUGUACGAGUAUGAAUAAUACAAAAUAUAAUAUGAUACUCAACAUCACAAAAGCCAAACUACUAAAAAAAAUUAACACGAAUAUCCAAUGAUAAUCCAAUGAUAAUGCUCGUAUUAAUCGUAUGAAAUAAGUACGUAAAACAGACGGACAUUAAGCUAUAUGUUCAUGUGCUCAUGCGCUACUGACUCAAGACUCAACUCAAGUGAAUUAAAACAAUAUACUCGUAAAACUUAAAAUGUUAAGAUUUCAAUAAAUAUACGUACAUAUGACUAUGUACCACAUUCCUUACGUUCUAACAAUCAUUUUGCCGUCAAAUUUUAACCGAAUUUCGUAUAAUCGUUUUCCAUGCAUAGUGUUUAAAUAAGGUGUACAAAAUGGCACACAACUGAAUUACUUCCAGAUAAAAUACAAAAACUGGACAGCAAUUGAUAAUAGUUCUUAGACAUAUCAAUUUUAUUUAGCAUAAAACUAUUGCAAGAAAUAAAUGUAUUUAAUAUUUACUAUAUGUAUAGAAAUCAUGAUGUAAAUUUAUACUAUGACGGCACUCGUGCGUAGAUUGUAAGAGACAAUUUUAUUGGAUAAUGAAAUAUCUUUUGAAUUCAUCACAUAUAAUUUUAGGUCCAACCACUGCAAAUGAGACAUUAUUUCUUGUGUUUGAAAUAUUUUAGG